UAUACAGUCCUGGAAAAACAAAAACACAACUAACUAUUUCUAGCAAACUUUAAAUGUUCAUCUACUUUUUGUUGCCAAUAGAAGUUCUAGAUUAUAAUCUAAAUUUAGAUUUAGUUGUAAAAUUGAAGUCAUUAUUGGUAAAUUACUAAACUUUACGCAUAAUAUAAGUCAAAAAUAAAGAGUGACUACACCAUAAAAAAAUGACGUCGACAGUUAUCAAUCAAUAUCUAAUCGAAAGAUCCAUAUUCGUUCAACACAAAGUAUUGACCUCCUUCAACUCCAGGACAUAGGCGACACGAUUGAAAGAACACCGCCCCCUCCCUCCCUUUAAGUGCUCUUUGUAAUAUUGACCAUAAUGGACACCAUAGCUCUACCGACUAGCAACUCCUGCGUCCCGGGGGACAAGGUUUUCGGCUUCUUCAAAUCCCAGGUGCUCCAGCCUAACAGCACCUCACCUUUCCCGCUGGACUCCAUUGCUGACUUCAGCCUAAAGCUCCUUUUGUACGCCCUGGCCAUGCUCAGUGCGCUGGUGGGCAACGCCUUGCUGGUCUUUACUCACUUCUGCACUAACGGGGCCCGGUCAGUGGGCUCAUCUUUCAUUGCCAGCCUGGCGUUGUACGGACUGCUGAUGGCCACGAUCUGCAUGUCCAUCGCGUUUGGAGAGGAGAUGUUUAAAAAGUGGCCGUUCGGAGACGGAGUAUGUAAACUCAAACAUUUCACUCAAGCUACUCUAGGAAUGGUCGGCAUGUUAAUGCACACAGGAGUAGCGCUGAACAAUUUUUUAAAGGUAUAUCGUCCGUUCAAUUCGUUUUGGACUUCGACCAUCACAGCUAAUAUUAUAGUGAUUUCUUGGUUGGCUGCCAUGACGUCAGCAUCCCCACAGUUUUUUGUACAUCGGAGGGUAGCAGUGGUCUACAAGGAUCAGAAUGAGAUUCUAUGCCGUGCAGUGUGGCCAGAAUUCUACAAGGACGCUGAUUGCAAUACCUGGAGCCCCAUUGAGACCAUCUACACCUACCUGGUGGUUGUAGUCAUCUACCUGAUACCGUCAGCGGCUAUCUCCAUAUGCUACAUCCUGGCCCACAAGAAGAUCAUGAGUAGAACGUUUCCAGGAGGCAAACUUUUGUCUGAAGAACAAAUGCAGACAACUAUGAAGGUCUAUCGAUUGUAUUGUACGCUAGCUGUUGUAUACAUCAUCUGUUGGAUGCCAUUUCAACUGUCAUCCUUGUGGACAUUGCAUUAUGGCAAGAGGAACGUACGCACAGAGGCAACAACGAAGAGCAAAGUCUUUGAGUUCCUCGUCACCUACUUGACACACAUCAAUUCAGUUCUGAACCCAAUUUUAAUUUUCACUUUGAACAAACAGUUUAAAGUGAACUUCCGUAAGAGUUUGGACUUCCCUUUGGUCGUUAGACAGGAAGACACAGUCACGUUUGUUAUUCCUUCAGACUCUGAGGUCCAGGUAAGAUCGGAGGUCCAGGUUAGAUCCGAAGUCCAGCAGUGAAAGGAGCCCACUGGAUCAUGGGAACUUUCAAGGAUAUGUUGAAUGCGUCUAAAAGAAGAGAGGUUACAGCAAAGUGAAUAAUUAGUUUGAAGAGCUUAAUAGUGAUUAAAGAGUUUUAUUCUAUUUUCAAUGCUGUAAACAAUGUACACGAUGCAAUGAAUUAUGUAAUGUAUAGGAUGCAUGUAUUGAAUCAAUAUGUCCUUUGAAUAUUAUGGCAUAUAUAAUGUAUAGGAUGCAUGUAUUGAAUCAAUAUGUCCUUUGAAUAUUAUGGCAUACAUAAUGUAUAGGAUGCAUGUAUUGAAUCAAUAUGUCCUUUGAAUAUUAUGGCAUACAUAAUGUAUAGGAUGCAUGUAUUGAAUCAAUAUGUCCUUUGAAUAUUAUGGCAUAUAUAAUGUAUAGAUGCGUAUUGAGACAAUGUACGUACUUCUCAAAUGCCCAAGUACACAAACCAAUAAUAAAGUAAAACGAUGUCACUACGAAUGCACGUUCAAUGACAUUGUGUUGUAUCCUAGGACAUUGUUUCUAAUCUUCACGUCUUGGUGGACACAAAGUCGAGUGUCGAGGAAACGUAUUUGUCUUUAGUCUAGAGCUUAUACUGCAGCAACUAUUCAUUUUAUAACGAACCUAAAUUAUAUAUAUUUCUAAAAAAUUUAUUGUUUUAAAUUGUAAAUGAGACAUUUCGAUUUUUUUAUUACUAAAUAAAUGUUUAAGAGAAAGAGAGAUAUGAAAUGUGAGAGAGAAAGAGAGGUGGAAAGUGAGCGAGAAAGAGAGGUUGAAAGAGAGAGAGUUGGAAUGUGAGAGAGAAAGAGAGGUGGAAAGUGAGAGAGAAAGAGAGGUUGAAAGAGAGAAAGAGAGUUGGAAAGUGAGAGAGAAAGAGAGGUGGAAAGUGAGAAAGAAAGGUGGAAAGUGAGAGAGAAAGAGAGGUUGAAAGUGAGAAAGA